UGAGCCGAUACAAGCGUACAGCGGGUCAAGUGAGCUACACGUUAAUGCGUCACUAUUGUAUACGAUAAACGCAGCUGCUCAAAGCCUGAACAUGUCAAGAUACAAAAGUUGACAAGGUGCUUCGGAGCCCAACAAACAAAAGCACUCUUCGACAAGGCGUUCUUCUACACCUAUACCUUUAUGCGUUUAUCUCACGUUCAAAUCUUCUUAUAGUAAAUAUAAUCUGCACUUGCGGGUCAAAAUGCACCCACUCUAGAUGCGAUUUACAUUUUUCGAUGGAAAAUGUUAAAAGCAAGCGAAGAUCUCUGAGACGACAGUGGUCUGUGGACGUUCCAUCCAGCAUUCAGAAGAAACUUCGACAAGUUGCUUUCACAUGUCGUCGCUCGAAGUCUCUCGACGAAGCCAAUUAUAAGGAAAGACUUCUCAAGCCACAAGAAGAAGAUGAAAAAAAGCAAAAGACCAGAAACUCUGCCACUUUUGAGAAUCUUGGACGUGAUCGUCAUUCGGUGCCAACAAACUCACCAUUGUCAAGCUCUUCUAGUCCGUGGUAUUCUUUUGAUGACGAUAUGAGUGAUUGCUCGCUCAUAGAAGUUGAUGAAACGCAAAGUGAAACUGGCUCGAAUGAUAUUCAAAUUGGGGAUAUGGGAAACUGCGAAAGCUUUGGUCCUGAAAAAGCAUCAACGCCGAUGAAAAUAAAAGAAUUCUUAGGUUCAAACACAUACAGUGGGCUUCUAAGCACGAUCGACGAGUUUGAUCCUCCAACCAAAAGAUCAUCAACAUUUCCAGUGUUCAAUAGUGAAAAGAUGAAACGAGAGCCACAAUCAAAAAUUCCCAGGAACUUUGCCGAUUUCGACCAUUUUGAUUACUAUGAAAAGAAUGAUGAGCCCGAAAUAGGCGAACGCUAUCGUCGCUAUGCGAUUUGUGAGGAAAUGGAGAGAUAUAUUUCUGUGGAUCACAAAGGACAAAGCUUGAGGAAGUACCGGGAAACUUUAAUUAGACAUCGUGUACUAAAGGAGUUGUGUCUUUUGUAAGCAUUGCAACGUUAGGCAUUUUACUCUUUCAUUAUGAUACUGUUCAUGGCACACAGUAAUAUCACUGACUCUUAUCCUCGCGUAUAGAAAAUUAUCAAUGCUAAAGGUAUGAUGCAAACAUAUUUGCAAAUAUACUUUUAAGUGUGACAUGACUUGACUUCGAUAUCACCCUGACAAAAUUUAUUGAAGAAGAGGAAAGUUUUAUCCAGGCUGAGCAAUUAUGUCCACACUUAGAGAAUGAUCUUUGUUGUAAUUAACAGUCUUAAUUCUUGUAGCUUGUGUGAAACAUAUUUAUCUGUUGUGUAAAUCAUUUUAUUGGAACAGGUUUUGUACCACCCUGCCUUCCAUAAAAAGACGUCAAUAAUAUAUAUCGGUCCCUUAUUAGACACUAGCUAUAUGAAAUUAUCUAAAAUUUGCAACAUAUAUCUACAUUCAACGCACAUGUAUUCUUUUCCCACACUGCAUGGAUUAAAAGAGAAAGAAGGGAAGGCAAA